CAGCCCUAACACUAACAGCUGUUUCAAGCGACGUCCCAAAAUAUUGAUUUUUGAAAUUUUUAAAUGUAACAAAUGUACGAAAUGGGGCGAAGCUAGAAAUUAAUAACCAAUACUACCUGCAUUAAAAUUCAAGACACGCUUCGAAAAAGCUUGGGAGAGAUGAACAAAUGUGAAGGUGGAAUUGAAAAUUAGAACAACAGCCAGACAUUUCCAAGAGGUGCGGUGCAUGUGAAAAUUGUUACCAUCUGAAUCGGACUCGGACGCGACCUUAAAUACCACCACACCACAAUGGAUAUAAUGAUGGAUUCACCCAAAGCCAACAACAACAUGAAUAAAGUGUCUCCCGUUGACAAGAUGAGCUCCAGCAUCAACAGCACCCUGGAGGACACAACACCCAGUGAUUCAGGGGUGCAGUUGCUCGACUCCGAGAACAGCGAUGUGAUGCUGGAGUCCAUGUGCUCCUAUGAGGAGAACUCGAGACCGCUGAAAGUCCCUUCCCCCCAGCUACCUUCCAUAGACCCCAACUCCAAUGUGGCACCGGCUGAGUCCAUGAUAACUAGUGAUUGUUCGACCUUUGACACCACUGAGAAAAUUGUGUACAGGCGAAAGGUGCACAAGACUUCGUCCGCAUCUAAAGCCCCGAAAAAGCGAGUGUCCUUUCACGAGGAUAUUCUGAAGAACACUCGCACCGACAACAUUCACAUAGAGCAUGGCUUUAUAACGUACAAAAACGGCCGCAAGCUGGCCUUUGCAAACUCGGCGGGUGUGGCAGGUGCCCCCGGCCGGUAUUCCUGGUGCCCGGAGCGAGAGCGUUUCGAGGGACCCAAUGAGAUCUCUGCAGCUGGCAGAGAUUAUGAUGAUGGCGAUGGUGAAGAUGCAAUGUCCGGCGGUGGUGGAGGUGGUCGCAGACGACAUUUGGUGUACAGAAAUGCCUGUUCGGAUGUGCUGGACUACGUGAACACGGACAUGUUCGAUACGAAUGAGCCCGUUGGCCUGCAGUACGACUCAUCGGGUGUCUUCGAAUAUACCCCGUCUGGGCAGAAACAGCUGCAGCAGGCAGAGCCUGUCCUAUACAAUUGCGUUUGCAGCAGCUCCAACUCCAGCCUGGAUUCGGACGAACAGGACAAGAACUCCAAUGCCAAUCGAAAACAAUACGAGCAGGCCAAGAGCAGCUCCUGCGAUUGCAUCGGCAUGAGUAAUGCAAACAACAAUUUGAUUGGUGACAACUGCUACUACUCGGAGCCCAACAUUGGCGAUGCCGAUGGUGGUCCCACAAUGAAAUCAGUUUGGAACAAGGAGAAAAAGCCAAAAUCCAGCUGCCUUAAAAAAACCAAACGUCAGACAAACAUUAUUCUGGAACAAGAUCUCAAUGGCCGCGUCAAGACCUUUAAUGUCCACGACAUUAAGCAUCAACUAAUCGACAACAGCAGCAAAAUGAUAUUCGGCUCCUUGAAAAGUAUAUUCACGAUGCCCUUGCCGGAACGCGGUGUGCCCGAGGGGUCAGAGGACCUACAGGCGGUGGUGGAGUGCGUCCCAGAACUGGAGAACACGCUGGAAGCCAAAACAAAUCGUGCAAUCGUGGAGUCGCCCACGCUCAAAGCCAAGCCAUUCCUGAGCAAAAGUCUCGAUGGUAAUAAACAAGCACAGUCGGUUAAGAAAUUUGUGCACAACGUAGAUGAGCAGCUUCGGCAUAAGAAUGACGAUAGCUCCAUCGAAGCCUCGCCCACAGAGACAAGACCAUCUUUACAACGUCAGGAGGAGUUCGAUAAGGAAACAGUCAUAGCAGCCAUAAGCAGCAUUCCGAAUGAAUUCCGCAGCAAAUUUAUUAUCAACUGCGAAAGCACUGUCUUCGAGCACACUGGCGUGUCCUACGAGACUGGGGCUGGGCAGCCGCAGCCAGACUUCUCCAACACAGCUCCACGCCACUCCAGCGUAGCCAGUUUGCUGGAGCAAAACACACCCAUAGCCAAGCCAGCAGCUAAUCAGAUCAAGAAGUCGUUCAUGGAUGCACCCAUAGCUAAGACGUUUAGUAAUUUCUUUCGCAGCCUGAAGGAAAGCACAAGUGCUGUCGGAACUCCAGUUGAAAGGCCAGAGGAAAAUGCAGCCCCAGGCCCAGCCCCAGCACUAGCUCCAACUCCUGAUGAUUGUACUACUCUAAAAAUGUCUAAGCCACAACAACAAGCUCCCUCCAGCUGUAAGAUGUACAGAAAUCACUCUUCAUCCACCAUAUCGGAACCUACAAGUUCCACCAACAACAGCAGCAGCCACCACCAAAUAUCCAACCAGCAACCGAAUAAUACAGAUCGCCAUUCACGUCAUCUGGCCUCUCCUCUAAAGAAACAUGGCCAGCCAAUGCUGCCGACUCGAUACUACGACCAGCAGCAGCUCCACAGUCGUAGCCUUCACAGCCCCAACAGCUAUCUGGCAGCUCGCGGCGGCCCUGGCGGAAGUGGACGCGACUCAAAAAGCACCAUUCUGAGCGAGGAAUACGAUGAUAUACUUACCAUAACCACCACAGAUACGACAAACGACAAGCGUUCCAUGGACAGUGAUCUGGUGAUCGUUGACUACACCGAUGUGGACUAUGCUCAUCUUCUGAAACCUCCAGCCCCCGCAGCCAAGACCUCAUUAAUCAAUCGAUUCCUUCGAAAUGUCACCCAGAAGAAAAUACUAGAAACCUCCAUACGAAAGAACAAUUUCUUUGCGGAUAAACUGCGGAGCGAACAGAGGCUUUAUGUCAAGGGGGCGCGACCCAAGAACUAUGAGCUAAUAGAUGACCUAAAUGCGGAGAUCGCAAUGGAAAUUGAAAUGUGUGGAACGAAUUCCCCGCGCCGUGAGCUGGCUGUGAGCCUGGACACGGAUACGCCAGAGAGUGUAUCCAGCUUUGAGCUUGGCAUCGGGGAAAUAUCGAUUGACUUGUUUCAUGGAAGAAGUCUGCUUAAUUUAAAAGAUUCCAAUGAGCAGCUUUUGAAGGUAUUCAAGCUCUAUACGGGCUACAGCAGCGAGGGUGUUAUGACCCCAGUGUUGGUUUUGCUGACGGACAGGACACUGUAUGUGGCAGAUCUGGCAGAUCAGGUUCGUCUCUGUGCCAAGUUCGUUUUGGCCUACAAAGACUUGGAUGUCAUUUUGAUGGGUCCCUUCGGCAAUACGGUUCUACUGAGUAACAGCAUGCGGGACAUGCAGCAGGUUUUACUGGCAGGUGGACCAUAUCCAGCAGGAUCCCUUGUUGCCAAUUUGGAGCUUUGUGCCAGACGCAGCGGCGCCACUCUACCGGCUGUGGGUCAACUGACAUUGGAGCAUUUGGCCCCGCUGCAGGCUUUUGUUCGAGCCAACAGCUGUGUGGGCAUCGACGAACACUGGCUAUUCUAUGCCGUCGUCAAUGUGCCAGCUGGCGAUGCACUAAGAGCAGAUUCACCUGGUGAGCCACUGGGGCCAUCUAUUAAGGGAUUCCUCAUGCACCGCCGGUUUAAGGAAACAGCAACCACGACAGCAGCGAGCAGGGUGUACUGGCAGGCAGGAUACUUUUCAUUGAAAGCCGGCGUCUUGUAUAUGUUUAACGACUCCACCCAGACGCGUCCCAGUUGGGCAAUGGCUCUUGCCGAGUGUCAAGGUGCCCGACGGACUCUCAAGUCCGAGCGACCCCAUUGCUUUGAGAUUAUGUUAAAGGGUGAACUCCUCCAAAUGGCCGCACCGGAUGAGUAUGUGGCAUCCGAAUGGUUGCAAGCCCUUAUACAGUCGGCCACUGGCCAUUUGAUACCGCAAGAGAAACACAAAACCUUGGGCUGCACUCUAAUCGUUACAGAAAAUCACUUGAUAACCUUGCGUGAAGAUUUCUCGGCACCCUUGAGGCCACUUAUCCAUCAGGUGGAUACCAACGUGGUUCCACAAACCAAACAACUCUUAUAUGAAGAAGAGCUGUUGAGUGUUUUUGAAACUAGUAGCCUGAUGGGCUCCACAAUGAGUACACCGACUCGGGGGACUCAGCGGUCUUUCUCUUCUCUGAGCUCGACGCCUACAAAGAAUGGAAACGAUCCGGAUAUGUCUAAGGAAAAUACGUCCUCUCCGGGAAAAUCUCAACGAAUGAGUAGUGUAUAUGGAAAGAACUCUGGUCUGGCGAUACUCACGUGUGGGGACAUCAAAGCCAUGACUGGCAUUAAGAUAACCUCGCGUGCGGAGACCUGGUGGUGCAUACUGGAGUUUUCGUGCCAGGAGGCGCCCUUGGAGAGUCUCGAUGAUUUGGUAAUCUUUUUUGCCAGCAGCAUGGAAAUGCAACGAUUUUUGCGAUUACUGGAACAGCUUUGGCAGGCAAAGAAUAACGAUCUCUUUCCAAUAACAAUACUGGACGAUGGUGAAGAUUUAGCCGAGCAGUGCACCCUUCUCUAUAUAGACACCAAUCGAGCAUGGGAGCCCUUGCUAUCGGCGGCAAUGGGUUAAGACGCUUAAUGCUCAAAGCUUAUACCACAUUUAGUACAUAUAUACUCCAUUUACAAACCUAUACAAAAUUUAUUUCCAUAAAUACUACCUAUGGUAUAUCUAAAGUGUUAAAAAUACUAUCCAGAAUACUCAAACUAGCUAAAGAACAAAUAACUUAGUAUUUAUAUGCGUACGUAGUCGGUAUUGUGUGUAUUAUGAUUUUUGUAUUGCCUGCUGCCUUCGCUUGACCAUGUAUUUCCAUUGAUUUGCGCUGUUAUAUCUACAUUGUAUGUAUAUUUUUGUGAUAUUAAACAUAAACAUUUCUAAUCAUU